AUGCAGUUUGCUCGUGAAAGUAAACUGGGUAUUUCAUGCGCCUGUGCCAUGUCAUUUUAUAUCAAAUGGUUCUUGCUGUGCAUUAUGCAGAAAAUGGCGCAGGAAUGCGAUUACGUGAACAUCGAGGACGCAAGUGUGGACGAGGCGCUCGGUGAUAUGUCAUCUUCCUACACGACGAUUGGAACUGAUACGCCAAGCACGUCAGCAGCAUGUUCGACAAGUUCAUUGCUCAGUGAAGCACGUAGCGGGGUGGACUGGAUGAGGAAGCUGGCCGCCAAAUAUCAGCAUAUCAGGGGCACAUAUAAUUCCUAUCGGAAUAAUUGCACU